AUGGUGCGUGUGGCAUGUACAGCCGACCUAUGUUCAAUCAUCAGACAACUAAGUGCAUCUCGAACUCGAGUGGAAUUAAUCACAUACUUCUGGCAAGAAGCUGCUAUUUAUGUCAACAACAAUUUUGUUGUCAGCGACUUCUUGCGUUCCGACAACACUUACGAGGAAAUGCUAAUGAUAGCCCACGCCUGUCUUAUGAAAAUCACUCACGAAACUCUUUCGGCCAAUGGCGCAGUGCAAGAAGUGAACGUCACGUUGAGGGCCGCAAGGCAUGCUCGACAACUGCAAGACAUUCAGCAUGCCAUGGAUCUUUAUUUACAGGCAUUUGUAGAAAAACCUAAAGAAGCAGAUUAUUGGAGAGAGUUAGCGACGUGCCUUAGAGAUAUCGACAAGAACUGGGCUAAUAUUUGCACUAAUAGAUCGCUGUCACUAAAUCCAAGACAUCCAUUAAGUCUCUUAUCAAAAGGAUGUAUGGUAUUAGAAGACGACCCUGAUGCUGCAGAGCCAUUUUUUGUUGCUUUGCUGUCUCUAUAUCCACACUGGACUACUUUAUGGGUAGCUGCCAAUGCGUAUUAUCUUUACCGAGAACUCUUCGAUAUGGCUCAGAAAGUAAUGGAUCAAAUAAAAAAGACAAAAGCUGUAGGUCUAUCAGAAGAGAUGCGAUACGCUCGUGUAUGGGAACAGGAGCUCGGAGACUGGUGGGACAAUACGCCUUUACUUCCCGGUACCAGUUUGUACUAUGAUGCGGCUGAUCUCCUUCUUAGACUGCGAGCUAUAACUUUAGCUGAAGUAUGUAUAGCGCGAGCGCUGUCAGAAACUGGCGAAUCUCCAGUGUAUUACCACAUGGUUGCUCUCUGCUGCCGACUAAAAGGACAGGUUGAUGACGCUUUGUGUCACCUUAAGCAAGGAAUAGAAAAGUUUGGAGAAAUUAGUUACUUAAGAAGUCUUGAAGGUGAAUGCUAUCACAAGAAGAAAGAUUUUACUUCAUCGGUGGCGUCUUUCAACAAAGCUGGCAGUUGUUUAAGCCCAUACGCGACUCUUCUUUCCUUGCCACGACAUGACUGUCAACGAAUACGUUCAACACUUUCUGAUAUUGUUCGUCGUCAUCCCAGUGCUUAUGCUUGGAUCACAUUCGCUGAGGAUUGGAUAACGGUAAAUAAAAUACGGUUGUCUAAUAAAAUGUCAUGGGUGCAAAUAGCGAACAACGUAAACAUGCCAGCCAUUCCUAGUUCGCGGUCAUAUUCAACUAAAUCGAUUUUUUGUAACCAGCAUAGUAAUACCGGAGACCGUGGAGACGCGGAAACAAAAGACGAUCAGCUAAUUGCAAGAUCGAAUGCAAUCGAUUGCGCAACAAGAGCGCUUAAUUGUGACCGCCGAGCAGGGCGCGCCUGGGCGCUUCUGGCGAGACUACUCUCGCCUAGCGCCAGGCGACAGUACUGCAAAGAGAUGGCAACUCUGUGUAAUUACAAUAAACCCAUUGAAGAGCACAUAAAACAAAGUUUGGGAGAGCAAAAGUCUUUUUGCUUUCGCCUUGGUAAAAUUAUACAAGAAUGCUGUUGUGAAAUGUGUGAAAAUCUUAAUAUUUGAAUUACUGUCGUGAUAUCGAAAAAUAAACUUGAUUACUAAAAAA